AUGCUUGCUAGGAUUUAUCAUCAUCGCUCAGAUAUUCAACAUUCAUACAAUGAAUUGUUGCUUGAUGUUAUUGGGUUGAAAACUAAACUGUUACCACUAUCAAAGAAUUUUCAUGAUAAAGACAACUUGAAGAAUGAUUUAAAUGAAGAAAGAGUGGCAUUUUUGUGUCCCAAUGGCUACGAUUAUGUAAUAUCUCUUUGGUCUAUUUGGGCAGCAGGUGGAAUAGCUGUCCCAUUGUGUACAACUCAUCCAUCAUCAGAAUUGUCAUAUGUGUUGAAAGAUUCACACUCUUCCAUUGUUCUAACACAUCCUGAAUUCGAAGAUAGGAUUAGACCAAUUGCAAAAAAUGCUAACAUUGAAAAUAUCAUGAUUGUAGAUCAUAAAACUAUUGGCUAUAAUGAUAACAGAUAUGGUAAAGAUGAUGAUUUCAAGAAUCUAAAGCUAACUCAAAUGGAUGAAUCACGUCGUGCCUUAAUCAUUUAUACAAGUGGCACAACUGGGAAACCUAAAGGUGUUGUGUCAACUCAUUUAAACAUUAAAGCUCAGGUAGAAUCACUUGUUGAAGCGUGGAGACUAAGUCGUAAUGACAAAAUACUACAUGUUUUACCAUUACAUCAUUUACAUGGAAUCAUGAAUGCAUUAAUGUGUCAAUUAUACGUAGGAGCAACGGUAGAAAUGUUACCAAAAUUUGAUGCGGAAACUGUCUGGAAUAGAUGGAUGGAUCCAAAGCGAGAUUUAACAUUAUUCAUGGCUCAAAUGCCAAAGAAUCUGCAACCUGAAGCAACAAAAUCUUGUUCACAAUUUAGAUUAAUGGUAUCAGGAUCAUCAUCAUUACCAAUCCCAAUCAGGAAUAGAUGGAAAGAAAUUUCUGGAGGUCAAAUAUUAUUGGAAAGGUAUGGAAUGAGUGAAAUUGGUAUGGCAUUAAUAAAUGUAAGAUUACUAUCAGAUGAUAAUAAAGAUAUUACAAACGAAUUAAAUUUACCAGGAGAAUUACAAGUUAAAGGUGAAACUGUUUUCAAAGAAUAUUGGAAUAAACCUGAAGCAACUAUAAAGGAGUUUACAUCUGAUGGAUGGUUUAAAACUGGAGAUAUUGCAAUGAGAACAACUAAAGGUUUUGAAAUCCUUGGUAGAAAGAGUGUUGAUAUAAUAAAGUCGGGUGGAUAUAAAAUUUCAGCUUUGGAAAUUGAGAAAGAAUUAUCCGAACAUCCAAAUAUUUUAGAAGUUUAUAUUGUUGGAGUAGAAGAUGAAGAAUGGGGACAAAAAAUUGGUGCUUUAGUGACAUUAAAAGACAAUAAACAAAAUUUGAAUUUGGAUGAAUUAAGAGAAUUUGGUAAAAAUAAAUUGCCAAAUUAUAAAUUACCAAGCUUAUUAAAAAUCGCGGGAGAAAUACCAAAAAAUCAAAUGGGAAAAGUCAACAAGAAAGAAUUAAUUAAAUUUUUCAAAUAA